AUGAUCGCGGCCGGCGCGCGAGGCGCACUCACAUCCAACAGAAGAGACUUGUACUUGCUCGGUUGUUUAUUGUUGAUUUCCGCUUUGAUCACAACGGGAGAAGCCAGUAAUCUCAGAUUGUGCGGCACGCGGUUAACGAAAGCCCUCUUGGCGCUGUGUCGGGGACAACUGUGUGCGGGUGGACUCGGCGGGAUUCCCGUUGCUAAACGUGCUCCUCAAGCAGAUGCAGACAUAUGGCCGAUGAGUGCUCUACAAGGUGAAAGCCCAGCCAUUCCCGAUUUUCUCACCGUACACAAAGCCAUGAAAAGGGGUGGAGUGGCGACGGAGUGUUGCGAGCGGCGCUGCUCAUUCGCCUAUCUCAAGACGUUCUGCUGCGACGAA